AUGGGUCUAACGUCAUUCGAAGACAUGAUAAAAGACAAGAUAAGUGGUAACAAGAACGCUCACUUCAUGCUCGUUGAUGGAAUGUCUAAGCUAAUGACUGAAGAAAUUAAGUCGUGCCAGUCAUCAGAUUUCUAUGUUUCCGGUAUCAAAUGGUCGUUUUGUAUCCGCUCAGAUGUUAAAAAGGACUGGUUAUCUUUUUCAAUGAAGAUCUCAGAUGAAAAGUCUUUCGGUUCUAAUUGGGAAGUUCGAUGCAGAGUCAAAUACAGCGCUGUCACUCAGAGUGGACAGUAUAAAUCAUGGAAGGUGCAUGCGGCGUGUUACAACCCAAACAAUAAAAUGUGGGAGCAAGAAACCUUGAUUUCACACAAGGUGUUGAAGGAGUACUGUCUUGUGAACGACAAAGCAGUUUUCUAUGCCGAGAUCACCGAUGUCAAACUAAAAUCCCUCAAUCCUGUUACAAAUACCCCUCCAACCAAUUGUACAGCUGAACGAAUUAAACUGAUGGAGGUGCCUCGGAACAAAUCUAGAUACACCUGGAAGAUCACACGGUUUUCCUCCUUCAGGGGUAAAGGUCCUACUUCAUACGAGUUCACGGUUGGACAACGGAAAUGGUUACUAGUGAUGUGCCCAAAAGGAGACAUGCAUACGGAUGAACAUUUGUCUUUGUUUUUGAAUGCGUGUGAUUACGUGACCAAUGCUCCAAAGGGACCGACAUUGGCCGUCUUCAAAAUGCGAGUGUUGGACCAAUUCAAACGCAACCACUAUGAAAAAGAAAGCGAACAUUGGUUUCCCUACGAUCCUCCAACAGGAAGCGCCAGUGGCUGGAGCAAGUUUUUGCCGCUGGAGAAACUCCACGACGCUUCGAACGGAUAUCUGGUGAACGAUCAUUUAUAUAUCACUGUUGAGUUCUUAUUUGUCUCCACUACCGAGAAUCUCUGA